AUGCCUGUAAUACCCCAGACGAGCGCUAUCAGUGCACGCACACCUCUUAGUACAGAAAACAACGGUCAGAUACCUCAGCAGUCGGAAUGUUUAAAAAAAUUAGAUGUGCUCAAUUCGUCAAAUGGAAAAGGUCGGCUGGGAUCACAACUGUGGAGUGAAGAAGACUUCUCACAAGUUUAUCAAAUUUUUAUUCAUGAAAUUCUUGGUUCUGGACAAUUCGGAGUUGUAGUUUGCAACUUUUAUAUUAAAGAUUUAGGAAUUCAUCGCAAAACAGGAAAACAAGUCGCGAUUAAAUUAAUCAAUAAAUUGAAGUUUUCAAGCAGCAAAGAAGAGGCGCUUCGAACGGAAGUGGAUAUUUUGAAAAAAGUGGAACACCCAGGUGUGGUGGCUUUCCAAGAAAUGAUAGAAACCACGGAUCGGAUAUUUGUUGUGAUGGAAAAACUCAAGAGUGACAUGCUGGAUAUGAUUUUGUCCAGCGAAAAGGGAAGAUUAUCUGAGCGUAUUUCGAGUUUCCUUGUUUACCAAAUACUUGUUGCUUUACGUUAUCUUCAUAAUUUGAAUAUAGUGCACUGCGAUUUGAAGCCAGAAAAUAUUUUACUAACUUCGGAUUCAGAUUUUCCUCAGGUGAAACUUUGUGAUUUUGGAUUUGCUCGCAUAAUUGGAGAACGAGGAUUUAGGAGAUCUCUUGUGGGUACGCCUGCUUAUUUAGCGCCGGAAGUGCUAUGUAAUAAAUUCUUCAAUCGGUCGCUGGAUAUGUGGUCUGUAGGCGUUAUCGUCUAUGUUAGUCUUUCUGGCACAUUCCCAUUUAACGAAGACGAAGAUAUCAGUGAUCAAAUUCGAAAUGUGGAUUUCAUGUAUCCCUCGAAUCCGUGGUGUGAAGUGACUGCUGUAGCAAUUGAUUUCAUUAACAGUCUGCUGCAAGUUCAGAUGAACAAACGAUUAAAUGUAUUGAAAGCUUUAAGUCAUAACUGGCUUCAGAAUUAUCAGCUUUGGUCAGAUUUACGAGGCUUGGAAAAAGAAAUCGGUCAGCGAUUUUUAACUCACGAAUCAGAUGACGCUCGAUGGGCUAAUCACGAGAAUGAACAUAGCUUGAAACCAGUUCAUUGCUGA